UCCUGUGUAAAAACUGAUCUUGUGGGGUGUAUAGUGCCAGCAUGUGUAGAAUGGUUUGUAUGGUCUGUGUCCCUAUUGCUUAGGUGCCAUUUACAUGCUGUAACAUAAAUAGAAGGAAUGAAAUACUUUUUUGGCGAGCGAAUCGAGCAGUUUGUGUGUAUUCAGAAUCACGUAAACUUUACGGAAUAUUCACCGUUACAUAGGGAUAAA